GCGGCUGCGCGGGCGGUGGGCUGGGGGCGCGGCGGCCGCGCCGGCCGACACUGCGUGGGCCCCGGAGCGGGGCGCACCAUGCCGCGGCCGCGGACCGGAGAGAAACCUGAGAAUGAAAUUGCUUUGGCAAGCUAAAAUGAGCUCGAUUCAGGACUGGGGUGAAGAGGUAGAGGAAGGCGCUGUGUACCAUGUCACCCUCAAAAGAGUCCAGAUUCAACAGGCUGCCAAUAAAGGAGCAAGAUGGCUAGGGGUUGAAGGGGACCAGCUGCCUCCAGGACAUACAGUCAGUCAGUAUGAAACCUGUAAGAUCAGGACCAUCAAAGCCGGCACCUUGGAGAAGCUGGUGGAGAACCUGCUGACGGCUUUUGGAGACAAUGACUUUACCUAUAUCAGCAUCUUCCUGUCAACAUACAGAGGCUUUGCCUCCACUAAAGAGGUGCUCGAACUGCUGCUGGACAGGUAUGGAAACCUGACAAGCCCAAACUGUGAAGAAGAUGGAAGCCCAAGUUCAUCAGAGUCUAAGACGGUGAUCAGGAAUGCCAUCGCCUCCAUCCUGAGGGCCUGGCUUGACCAGUGUGCAGAGGACUUCCGGGAGCCCCCUCACUUCCCUUGCUUACAGAAACUGCUGGAUUAUCUCAAACGGAUGAUGCCAGGCUCUGAUCCAGAGAGAAGGGCACAAAAUCUUCUUGAGCAGUUUCACAAGCAAGAAGUGGAAACUGACAAUGGGUUUCCCAGCACCAUCUUCUUCAGCCUGGAAGAGGAAGAGGAACUGGAAGGUGGAGGGCCUGCAGAAUUCACGUGCUUCCCAGAGGAUCUCGUGGCAGAGCAGCUGACCUAUAUGGACGCACAACUGUUCAAGAAAGUAGUGCCUCACCACUGCCUGGGCUGCAUUUGGUCCCGAAGGGAUAAGAAGGAAAACAAGCAUCUGGCUCCUACGAUCCGUGCUACCAUCUCUCAGUUUAACACACUCACCAAAUGCGUUGUCAGUACCAUCCUGGGGGGCAAAGAACUCAAAACUCAGCAGAGAGCCAAAGUCAUCGAGAAGUGGAUUAACAUUGCUCAUGAAUGUAGGAUCCUGAAGAAUUUUUCCUCCUUGAGGGCCAUCAUUUCUGCACUGCAGUCCAAUUCCAUCUAUAGGUUAAAAAAGACCUGGGCCGCUGUCCCCAAGGACCGGAUGCUGAUGUUUGAAGAACUUUCGGAUAUUUUCUCCGACCAUAACAACCAUUUGACCAGCCGGGAACUUCUGAUGAAGGAAGGAACCUCAAAGUUUGCAAACCUGGACAGCAGUGUGAAAGAAAACCAGAAGCGGACCCAGAGGAGGCUUCAGCUCCAGAAGGAUAUGGGUGUGAUGCAGGGGACUGUGCCCUACCUGGGCACCUUCCUGACUGACCUCACCAUGCUCGACACUGCUCUUCAGGACUAUAUCGAGGGUGGACUGAUAAACUUUGAGAAAAGGAGAAGGGAAUUUGAAGUGAUUGCCCAAAUAAAGCUCUUGCAAUCUGCCUGCAACAGCUAUUGUAUGACACCAGACCCAAAGUUCAUCCAGUGGUUCCAGAGGCAGCAGCUCCUAACAGAGGAGGAGAGCUACGCCCUGUCCUGUGAGAUCGAAGCAGCUGCUGAUGCCGGCGCCACGUCGCCCAAGCCUCGGAAGAGCAUGGUGAAGAGGCUCAGCCUACUGUUUCUGGGGUCGGACAUCAUUACCAGUAGCACUCCCACCAAAGAGCAGCCCAAGUCCACUGCCAGUGGGAGCUCUGGCGAAAGCAUGGACUCUGUCAGUGUGUCAUCCUGCGAGUCAAACCACUCAGAGGCUGAGGAGGGCUCUAUCACGCCCAUGGACACACCUGAUGAGCCUCAAAAAAAGCUCUCUGAGUCUUCCUCAUCAUGUUCCUCCAUCCAUUCCAUGGACACAGCUUCCUCAGGGAUGUCGUCCUUAAUGAACCCCCUCUCCUCACCUCCAUCCUGCAACAACAACCCUAAAAUCCACAAGCGCUCUGUCUCUGUGACAUCCAUUACCUCGACAGUGCUGCCUCCCGUUUACAACCAACAGAAUGAAGACACCUGCAUAAUCCGCAUCAGUGUCGAGGACAACAAUGGGAACAUGUACAAGAGCAUCAUGUUGACGAGCCAGGACAAAACCCCUGCCGUGAUCCAGAGGGCAAUGCUGAAGCACAAUCUGGACGCAGACCCAGCCGAGGAGUACGAGCUGGUGCAGGUCAUCUCGGAGGGCAAAGAACUCGUGAUCCCGGACUCGGCCAACGUCUUUUAUGCCAUGAACAGCCAAGUGAACUUUGACUUCAUUUUGCGCAAAAAGAACUCCAUGGAAGAACAAGUGAAAUUGCGUAGCCGGACCAGCUUGACACUGCCCAGGACAGCUAAACGGGGCUGCUGGAACAGCAGGCACAGCAAAAUCACCCUCUGAACGGAGGGACCGGUGGCCCCUCGCUGGCCAAACGCAGAGUGGGGCUGAGAGCAGGCCGUGGUGAUUGCAACGACCAUCCAGUGUUAGAGGAUCGUUGGUGAAGUCAACAGAUACUUAUUGAGUACCUCUGGUGUGCAAGACACCACAUUGUGGGGAAAUCGGGGAUGAGUUUGACAAGGAAAUGGAUGAAUGUUUCACCGAUUCUCUUUGACCUAUUUGAGACUGAAAUGCAAAAUUAUCCACUUUUAUAAAUAUAUAUAUAUGUAUACA